GAUCAACAGAGGGAGGCUGGAUUGAAGAGAAUCAAUGGGAGAAGGACAGAAAACAUUUGAAACAGAGAAUAAUCUAAAUAAGCGGACCGAAUCUUGGACGGUAGAAUGUAGAUGGGGACAACUGUAACGAAGAUAUACAAACAUACACGUGUUGAGAACGGCAGAUCAGUGCACAAAUGUACACAUGUGAAAUACCGGGCAGCCGCUGGCCAUCGGAGCGUGCACACGUUGACGUCGAUGACAGCCUUUGAACCUACCGCUGCUCUCACGUAAAUGGAACCGGGGAGGGUGAUGUACCCGACUUACUCUCUCUUAAACAAUGGUGAAGAGAUGUUUUCUGUUCAGCGUUGUGUUUAUUUCACUCUUUACGGGAAUAAACGCAAACUCAACCUCAGAUAACUCCUCCUCUUCUGAGUACUCGGGUGUAGUGGACCUGUUUUUCCUCCCAUCUCUUCAGCCCUCUCUCCCAACUGUCCAGCCUGUACCCUCCCCGCAGGUUUCUGAUCCCACAGAACAUAGUGUUACCCAGCCACCAAACAUCACCCCUCAUCGGACAGAUCUGUACUCAUCAUCAGAGAUAAAAGAUGGCAUCAGCAACACAGGCUCAUUUAGUACAACGCCAUCAAGUUCAACAACAGCAGGAAGUCAGCUUGGAUUUGGGUGGACUUUAUUCAACAUGCUUCGCCUUACCAAAACCAAUCAGCCGGAGACGUCAAAGCCCGUAUCUGAAGUUCAAUUUACACCCUCCAUAAGACAGACAGAGACAGCCUGGCAACAUUUCUCCACCAUUCAUCCCUCACACCAGGACAGUGGUAUCAAUCCAAGCUCAAAGCAAACAGCGACCAGUUUUUACACCGAUAAUUAUAUAUUUUCUCUUUUCCAAAAUAUUUUAUUGGGUUCUACACAAUUAUUAACUCCUAGUGCUUCCACCCGUUUAAUGUCGACUUCCAAUGCGGAUGUGUCGGCUAUUGUUACAAGUCCAGUGAUAAUGCCUUCCCAAACCAGCAUAACCCUAAGCUCUGCAGAAAUAGACUUUCCGACUUCAAAAGUGUCCCCAAUCAUUGAAGCAGCAACUGAGACUGCUAAAACCUUACCCGCCUCAUUGUCUGUUAGCUUUGUUUUGACCACACCUAUAGCAGAAUUCAUGGUCCAUUCCAUAACACCAUCUUUGCCAAGCUCUACUGUGGAUGACAUCAGACAUAUGAACACAGAAGACCCUGAAGCAAUCGAGAGCAUGAGCACCAGGCUAAUCACUGAAUCUACCAUGGGGGUGGACGCUGAACUGUUAGGAAGUAUGAACACUGAAGCUAUGGAAUUUAUAGGAACAGGCACUGAGGCUAUCAGCAGUACAAACACUGAAAGUAUGAACAUCAGAUCCAGGAUAGUUAUAGGCACUAUGAAGUCAGACAUUGGUGUAAGCAGUGGAAGUACAAAGGAGGAAUACUUCACUGGUGUGAACACAGGUCCCAUGAAAAGUGAAUUUAAUCUUCAAUCUGUCCAUAACAUGAACACUGAAUCAGUCAAACCUUCAUACUUUGGAUCUGUCGAGAUAACAAGCACAGAACAUGUUACCCACUUGAACACUCAAUCUGUUCGAGGUCAGAAUUUCGAUAGAGGAUUAUCUACACAAGGGACUAGUACUUCUAAAGAGCCGUCCUUCCUUAGAUCUGACGGCAUUACAAGCACAGGACCUGUUACUGACUUGAACACUCCAUCUGUUCAUGUUGAAAAUGUUGAAAGCGGAUUAGCUACACUAAUGACAACUAGUUCUGAAAAACCUUCCUUCUUAACAUCUGCCCAGAUUACAGAAUCUGUUGUCAGGUUGAACACUCAAUCUGUUCAAGUUCAGAAUUUCGAAAGUGGAUUAUCUACACCAGUGACAAGUACUUCUAAAGAGCCUUCCUUCCUUAGAUCUGUUGACAUUACAAGCACAGAACCUGUUACCAGAUUGAACACUCAAUCUGUUCAAAAGUUUGGAAACGGAUUAUCUGCAUUGGUGACAAGUAGUUCUGCGGAAGACUCACUAGUCAAAGACAGUAGGCUGGGUGUCUGGUUGACCCCUCCUGUGAGUGAGGCUACUCCAGUGAUCCAGGAUAUAACCUCCAAUGUGCCAUCAUCAGUUCUAAUAUCCACCCAGGCUACACCGAGAGACACAGAGGAUAUGGGGACCAUUCAACAGUCUACAGACUGGGAUGGCAACUUUACUAUGACAUUACAAUACCAGUCAUCCAGGAAGUCCCCAGACAUUUCACAUAGCCAGUCAUUGUACUCGCAUCAAGAUGCGUUGCCUUCGUCCAAAAUGUUUGAAGACUCUGUUUUGCAUUCUGUCAGUAGCAGCCACUCUUCACUGUCUUCAUCAGUAACAAUGGAUUUCAUGGAUCUUCAGCCCAGCCCUUCCACUAUGCAAGGGAUAGGAUCUACAGAUGUAUUUGUGCAGCUCUCCAGUGGCUUAUUGUACAUGACCAACAGUGUACCAACAUCCCUGCUGCCAAUAACAGACCUAUCACAUACCCUCAGUGUUCUGGGUGAACAUCAAGCAGACUUUUCCAGUACAUCUAACACGUCGAUCACAUCGCUGUCCUCAGUAGUUCAUGAUAACAUAUUCACAAGGGGAGGACAGGACACAGCAUAUCUGACUGGUCUGAGCGCAGCUGAAGCGUCUGAAGAAUACUCCGAUGUUAUCCACAAUGGAUCCUAUUCUACUCCCGAGACAAUGUUGUCCAACAUUUCAUGGUCACCCCCAUCUACCCCUUUACCUGUAGCAAUAGAUAGUGCUUUGGGAGUAAGUCGAUCUGCUGUAUUAGAUCAAACCCCUCCACCCCCACUGGUGUCCCAACUAGUGUCCUCCCAUGGUGCUUUGGUGUCCACGUCAUCUGACGUGUUGUCACAGAGUGAUGUUUUCCCGGGUGGAGUCUCUGGUGUGUCUCUGGCCAGUGAUGAGCACCAGUUACUGCACACAUCGGCACCAAUGUUUCCUACGACGGCAAUUGAGUCUCAACAAGACGUGAAGACGACAUCAGUGUUUUCUGAUGACACUGUGGAGAGCACUGAUCAGAAGAGUGGUUCUUUGGAUAUAACGCGAACAACAAGAUUUGAAACGACCAGUGCCUUUGAGUUUCUUCCGUCCAGUAUGUUUGACGGUGCUUCGAUAAAUGUUACAUCUGACGUUGCUUUCAAGUCCACCUCAGUGCCAGUUUUUAUUGAUUAUUCCACCAUUUAUGCCGACACCAGUUAUGGUGUCAUCUUCUCUUAA